UGAAAAAGGGGAGGCAAAGCUAACUUAAUUUGUAUUCAUUCCUCACAGCCUUAAGAUCUGACAUGUGGUGGUUUCAGCAAGGGCUGAGUAUCUUGCCUUCAGUCCUCGUAGUUUGGACGUCUGCUUCGUUUAUAUUUUCAUAUGUUACUGCAGUCCUCCUUCAUCAUGUUGACCCUUUGAUGCCUUACAUCAGUGACACAGGGACAGUACCUCCUGAAAGUUGUUUAUUUGGGAUAAUGGUAAACAUUUCUGCUCUUCUGGGCACUGCAACCAUUUAUGUCCGAUACAAGCAAGUCUUGUCUUUGAAUCCUGAAGACUCUAUAAUCCUCAAGUUAAAUAAGGCUGGCUUGGUGUUAGGAAUGGUCAGUUGCUUUGGGAUUUGCAUCAUUGCAAACGUCCAGAAAAGCGCUCUGAUUGUGAUACAUGUAAUUGGAGGUCACCUUGCAUUUGGAGUAGGAAUCUUUUACAUCUUGGUUCAGACCAUCCUUUCCUAUAAGUUGCCACAUGGAAGCAAGGUUGUCUUCAGGAUCAGAUUGAUGGUUCUGUUGUGGUGUACAGUAAGCAUAGUGAGUAUGCUUAUUUCUUCAGUCAUUUUACGUAGUUCUCAGUAUGGAGCGGAUGUAAUGUUGAAGAUGCACUGGGACCCCAAUGACAAAGGAUAUGGUCUUCACAUCAUGAACACAGUCUCUGAAUGGUCUUUGGGUUUCUCUUUUACCAGCUUUUUUCUUACUUAUAUCCAUGACUUCCAGAAAAUCACCUUGUAUGUAUUAGUGCUGGAUGGACACAGUGUGAACUACACAAACCCACAGUUCACAACAGAUGAACCAUAGCUACCCAUCUCAGGAAUUUUAUGAGGAACAAAUUACAGGUUAUGUUCUCACUACCAGUAACUCAGGAAUUUUGACAUCUGCCCUAACUGGCAACUAACAAGACCUAACCAAGGGAUGCCUGAAAGUGCCCUUUUCACUAGUCUGGGGACUGUAAAGGUUUUUAGGAUAGGGGCCUUCAAUGCAAGCACUACUAAUGUGACAUGUUACAUAUUUUAUAUGAAAAUACUCUAAUUAAUGAAAAGCUUUUAAUUAACUCACAAAACAGUGCAAUUCUCAAAGUAAUAUUGCCAGUAGCUAGCUGCAGUAUUAAAUUUUUUUAAAAAAUGAAUAAUAAAUGUACUGGUUAGAUUUUUGUAAAACAAAUAAUAAAUGUACUGGUUACAGUU